GCCGCAAGAUGCCGCUACGUGUGCUUUCAAAAUCCCAAUCGGCCACCAUUGUUGAAGGCGAUUCCAUUCUAUAGUUUGAUGAAUUUUACAAUUUUUGAGACAUAUACUGGUGAAAUAUUACUUACUCACUAGUAAGAUACAGUGAACAAUAUUCUGAAAAUCGUUUUAUAAACUUUUAACGCUGUUACAGUGCUUAUUUUCAAAACCUAAAUGCGUUCAAAAUGUCACGCGAAGUGAGCAUCGGAUUCGAGAACACCAUACCAUGCACGAAAUAAAUGUAGUUUUCUUUUGAAAAAGUGUUUAUUUAACUAUUAAAAGUGCUGAUCUCUGUUUGUAUUCUUUGUGGUGAUGCAUUGGAUCAUCGAACUUUAACGUGCACACAUGAAAACGUUUCAGAAGAUUCUGUACACGUCGUAAGGGAGCGCAGUUACGCGGGCGAAGGCUCCUAAGUUGCCGGCAUCAUUAUGGUGGACUGAGAGAGUGUUUGUUGACGAAUCAGUGUUGAUUACAAGUUGUAAACAGUGCAGCGAAGGCUCCGCGCACAAUGUCUGGUGGUUCGCAGCACAAUCCCAACGGGCGGCAAUCACAAAUGGGCCCCAGUUGGAGCCCCUUGCAGGUGUUACAGAUGGCGAACUUGCUCGCGCGCGCGCCGCAAGCUCACAUGGCAUCAGAGAGGGGAGUCACUUGGCACACCCCGACGCCUCCGCCCCAUCUCUAUCACGUGCCAGCGCCUUCGCCUCCAGACCCACUUCAGGGUCUAUUGCAAUUGCAGGCGAUGAAAAACGCGGGAAACUCUGUGUUCAGACACACGGCGACCCCGCCCGAACUCUACCGACACACGCCGACGCCGCCCGACAAACAUCACAUGAGACAUACUCCGUCACCUGGAGAUGUGAAAGGUGGUUCCACGCUGCCUCCAGCUGAAUUGUACGCACAUUUGGGACCGGGAAGAGACAAACUGCGCCCGGAAGAGCUUCUAAGCUACGCCCGCGUCGGGGUCGACCUCUCAGUCGGCUCCCGCUCAGCCAGCAACGGCUCAGCCAACUCGCUCUCAAUCAGAGACGCGCCCACCAUCAACAACUCUUCACUCAAUAGCCCAUCGCUCUCCGUUCGCGACGCGUCUUCUAUCAACAACUCAUCGCUGCUAAACCCUCUAACAGUGCGCGACACCACGAUGAACAGUUCGCCGAUAACAGUGCGGGACACGACGUCGAUAAACAGUGCGCCUUCCUUAACAGUGCGGGAUACAACAUCGAUAAACAGUGCAGUGCGCGAUUCGAUAAACAGUGCGUCGUUGACAGUGCGUGAUACGUCAUCGAUAAACAGUGCUCCGUCGUUAUCAGUGAGGGAUGCCCCGACUAUAAACAGUUUGAUAGCUAGGGCUGCGCCCCGGCCUCCGCAUGCGAGGGUGGACGCGUUGUUGGAGAGGCUGGUACCGUCUCCGGUGUCGCCACAUUCUGUUAUAGUGCAUUCUAGGGCGCAGCCCACGCCGUCGCCGCCGUCGUCUAAUGAGGACUCUGCGGACUCAUGCGGCGCCGCGCCCGGCUCCAAGCGGAAGCGGAAACCGGAACGCACCAUCCGCGUGCCGUCCGUGCCCCCCUCCGCGCCCCCCUCCGUGCCCCCCUGCGCGCCCCCCUCCGCGCCGACGCCCCCGCCCCCCGCCGCCCGAGUGUCCCCGCAAGAAGUACAGAAGCCGUUAGAGAAUGGAGAUAUUCACGCGCAGAGAAAUGGACCUGAAGACCACCCGCCUACGCCACCGCAGAAGGAACACCAGCAGAAGCCGGAGAGGCCGCUGCCCCCCGCGGAGACUCCGCCCCCGACGCGCAGAAAAUCCCGCUCGGGCUCCGCCGAGACCAUCGCCGACAUCGCGGCUAUGAUCGCCAGCACCACCAGCGCCGCCGCGCGGCAGACGCCCACCAAAACUGACGACUUCGCGAGGGACGCCAACCCCGUGACCAAUCCUGCUACUAUUGACACCCUAAAGAGCGUCCUGGCCAGUCCGGAAGCCAAAAAGCAAGAGUCCGAGACAGAAGUAAAAAAAUCUCCACCGAAAUCCGAUGAGAAUCCUUCCGAAGCGCCUCCAGUCGAGACAGCGGCUGCCCCGAGACGAAGAAGCGCUAGGACUUCCAACACCGAAGCUACCAACGUACCCAUAGAGUCCCCAUCGGAAGCAAAGCCUGCGGAACCGGAAACAAGUGGAACGAAAAGUGCUGAGCCAACCGCAGCCAGCUUCGUUGAGGUGGAGAAGCAGUUGGAGAACAUGUUUGCCGGGCUGGAGGAGAGUAAUAAUGAAAGUGAGAAGCAGACGAAAGCGAGGAAGCGGAGAAAAUCGGCGCCGACCAAAGGAGAGCGCAAAGAAAGGAAAGCUAGACGAUCCAGCCGCGCGUCAGAGGGAGACGACACUCCGCGGAAGAAGAUGGCGCGGAAACGGUCUGACGUCAGCCGCGGGAAGAAGAAGGAUGUAUCUGUCAGAGAUGCCUAUGACUCCGGCAGCAACGCUAGCUCCAGCCGGUCUAGGGGACCUUACAUACAGAUCCGCGGGCCGCGCGACUCGCCGCUGUCGGUGUCGGUGAUGAACGCGUGCGCGGAGGAGGACGCGGACAGGAGACAGGAGUACCGCGUGCGCACGCGCGGGCUUCACGUGAGCACGCUGGGGCUGCGCUACGACGCGGCGGCGGCCGACCGCAGCUGGCUGUGCGCCUUCUGCGGCCGCGGGCCCCACAGCGACGCGCUCGGCGAUCUCUUCGGGCCCUACGCGCUCGACGACGACACAGAACAAGAGAUGGAGUCGCAGCCGGCGUGGCUGCACGCGGCGUGCGGCGUGUGGACGCCGGGCGUGCUGGCCGCGGGCGCGCGCGUGCGCGGGCUCGGGCACGCCGUGCGCGUCGCGCGCGCUGUGCGCUGUCUGCUCUGCUGCAAGCCCGGCGCGACGCUGGCGUGCAGUGCACGCGGCUGCCGCGCGCGAGGCCACGUGCCGUGCGCGCGCGCCGCGCGCUGGGAUCUGCAGGAGGAGACCUUCCGCGUGCGCUGUCCCGCUCACACCACAUAGCGGCUUACAGAGCUCCUCACUCGAAUCUCACGUCUCGAUCUUACUCUCAACACUCGGUGAAUUGUGAAGUGUUCGCUGGUGGACUCCGGAAUAUCAAUAGUCCUGUCCGGACUCGUGAAAUUGUGUGACUGUGAAAGAGGUUGUAGCCCUAGUUGUGGUGAAAUACAUAGCUGGAUUGUGAAUUGUUUGCUCGUGUCUAAAAAGAGUUGUGAUGACAGUCUUCUUUGAAGUUAAUAUAUAAAUGAACAACACUCAAUGGUCAACACUAAGCUUACAUGCAAAUGGACACAAACUCAGAAACAGAUUUAACACGAACUUCUAAUAAUAAUGUUAUCACAAAAAGUUUAUUAUUAUCAAACUGAACAUUUUUAAGAUUAUGUGUUGAUCAUCAAAUGUAAAUCAAUAAGUAUGAUAAAAUUAUUAAAUUUACUUUUAUCUAAACACUGGAUAACUAUGACCAAAAACCUAUAAUGAAACACAAUAAACAUAUUGAUGAUACUACUUAGCAGCCAAUCAAGGCAUGCAGCUCAUUUGAUGGUCCACGGUCACCGUGGUGUCACAUGCACAAUGCUGACCCCGAAUCAUUGUUUAAACUUAUUAUAUUUCAUUAUUGAAUUUAUAAAUAUUUCUAAUAAACUCAUCAUUAGUGUGAGAAUCGCAAUAUAUACUUUAUGUUCCGUUCAUAGAUGAUUGACACAUACAUACUUGACAGCUAAAAAUCCUUCAAAAUUAUAUAUUACCUAUUAUUAUAAUAGUAUUUAUUUAAGCUUAAUUGCACAAAUAUACAAUUUCUAAUAGUACAUUAAGCUGACUUAGUGCUAAAAGCAUUAUAUAACAGUCAACCUUUGGGUCAUACAUAAAAGUAAUCUAACAACUACACCUGAAUCUUGCACCUUAUUGCUAUCAUUUUUUGAGCAGCAAACUGGUGAUCAGUCCUUCAGUACUGGGACUAUUUCACCCAGAUCUUGAACCUUAUAGAAGCUAUUAUAAAUCAACUGGUCUGAAAAAAUCACUUGAAACAAAGAAGGCUGUCAUUUUUAACAGCGGAACAGAUUUACUUUUCACAAGUUUUGAUGCGAAAUAUUAAAAUUCCAACGAAUCGACACAGCCCGUAUAGAAAGUAUAAUGUUAAUGUGGAAACAAGAGUAGCCUUUAAAAAAAAUAGAAGCCUUGGAAAUAGCAGCCUUUGAUACAAGCAAAAUAAACAAUAGAUAACUUUUAUUUUUGAUAAAUAAAUUAGAAUAAUAAUUGCUACAAAUUGUGGCAGUAUUAUUUUUGUCAUAUGAAUUAGAUAUAUGAAUUCCCUUUGAACUUUGCUGUGUACUUUUUGUGGUGCACCCACAUCUAUCUCUGAGGUAUCGCGUAAUAAAAGAAAGGGCAUAAUAGCAUGUAAUAUGCACUGUUGCAUCCUUUCUUUUACAUAGCAAACAAAAGAGAUAGCUAUAAUUCGUCGUACCACGAAGUCUUGUCGAACACAUCACAACUUCACGGAUAUACGCAUAUCUGGCCGUGUAUUCGUGAAGUUGCGAUGUGUUUGACAAGACUUCUCCAUCAUACAUUUUGUUGUUUAUUUUGAUCUUUCCCCAUGUCAAAAUUAUUUUUUGAUGGAACAGCUGUAAUAUCCGAUGUUAGAAGCACACUAGCAUACUUAGUACAGUAAUGUUAAAGACCCAUUCAUUGUUUAUAUAUUCUCAAAAAUACAGUAAUUUAUUAUUUUGCAUAAUCAUUUUAAAGCAAAAUUUUAUUUACUUAUUAAUAAUAUCAAUUCUGAUAUAUUUUAAUUCAAAACAUAUUUUUCCGAAGUUAUUUAGAAACAGAGUAUAUUUAAAACUAUAUAUUCAUAUUUAUUAUAAUGAAUUACAAAAUUCGUUUGCAAGCGUGCUUCUAGCCAGAUUAAAUCCAACUCAGUAUCUCAGUAUGGCGCAUACUUCAAAUAAAUUUCCUUGGAGUUCGAACUUUCCAAAGAAAAAAAAACUUAAUUUCCAUUUCAAAUUCUUCUAUUAACGCUUCGCCCCUCUCUAGAUGUCUUAUGUAAUAUAGAGUGUAGAUACAAAAUGUUAACUUAGAUCUAAUUUAUUACUGCCCGAACCUCUGUUCCGAUUACAUAAUGUACAGAAUAUUUUACGAAUACGUUUAAUUUAGUGGUGAAUAGUUGAAAUUAGAAUUUAUUUAUGUAAAUAUAGAUUUAGUGUACAUAGUUCAUCCAUGGGACACCAUUUUUUUAAGUGUAACAUACAUAAUAGAAUAAUCAAAUGGAUACAGUAUUUCGUAGCAUACUUGUGAUGUUGGUCGCGUAGCUCGUUCGGAUGGUCUCGAAAUUCUGAUUAUGAUAGUUAAAGUGAAAAUAUGAACGCCCACAAUAUUUCUACAAAAUGUACUUAUAAAAAAAUAUAUAUUUAAAAAGAAUAUGGAGCACAUCCGAACAGUUUUGAAGCGAAAGUAUACAAUGAGUAAAUAAAACCUGUGCAUUUUUUUAUUCUUCCAAUUUAAGGCUAUCACAAUGUACUCUGUAUAAAAAUAUCUUUUUACAAAGUAGUGUAAAUAGAUUUUAAAAACUAUCUUUUUUUUUAACAAUCUAUGUAAUGUACACAUUUGCAUAAUUCCUUGUAAAUAUGAUGCUUUACUCAUUGUAAACUCGAAAAUGUCUCGUUUUCGACGACAUAUUAUUGUUUAGUAAACUUCGUUUCUAAGGCUGACGGUAAAACGGACAAAGAAGGAAGAUAUUGUCUCUGUCGCUCAAAGAUAUUUUGCCAAUACAUCACAAGGGCGUUGUCUGAACGGAAUGACGAAAUUACAGAGUGACAGGGACAUGUAAUCCGUUAUUCCGACGGCCCUAGGACCAAACUUUAUUUGGUAACAAUGCAGUGAUAUUAAAAGUAAUAAUGUUUACUUGAUGUAAUAAUAAUAUUUUAUGUGAACCAAUCAACUGUUCAGUUGCCAUUUUGAAUGAGAAACUAGUCUAAUUAAUAGUGUCUUGUGAUUUUUAAAAUUUAUAAAAUCGUUUGGGUCUAUUAAAAUUUACAAUUAAAAAUUUAGCUUGUGAAUAUAAAUGAGGCGACUGCAUUGUUAUAGGAGAGAGUGUAUCAUCUAGCGAACUUAAUGUAAUACCAGAAUUUUACGCUUAAUAUUUAAGGAUGCCACGUACAAGGAGCUUAUAGCCACAUUGUAGAAUUUCUAAACAUGUGUUCACGUUUAUCUCUCACUGAAUGGGAAGCUUUGUACAUGGACAGACAUUACAAUAAUACGAGUUGUAAAUUCAUUUUACUUCACAAAAUGAAAAAAACACCGUGCCUCUACUGUCAUAUUUUAUCUUCCAGUUCACAAUUAUGCCGUGUGUUUAUAAGCUUCUUGACUUUAUGCAAUUCUAUGGAAUACAAUGAACAAAUCUAAUAGUUACGAAAAAAAACUUAAUCUUACAAACGACACUGUAUACAGAUAACAGGAAAAAAAAUGCAUAAAAAUGUCGUGGCGUCCGUCGAUUGUAUUGUGCCGCAGGUUUUGCUGUACGCUGUGAAAUGAAUAAUCGUGUACUUUAAUUCCAGUGAAUAGAUGAUAGAAUUUAUCUAGAGAAUAUAAGGUACAAAUUUAUAGUAGGGAGAAUCGGGCCAGUUUCGUAUUUUUAAACUAAAACUUAGUACAUUUGGACGAGCAUGAACAGAAAUUAAGAAAGAAUCCCAAAGCCUUCAUAUUGUAAAUGGUGUAAGAAUUUUUUUAUCACAUACAGCAAAUGAUUACUUUAUUAAGUAUGUAAUUGUUAUAAAUUAUAUUUAUCAUGACAUUAUAAGCAAAUUUAAAUACAACAUGUUUAAAAUGAGGCAAA